AUGCCUCAGCAGCACGUCGACAGCUCCCCUCCGCGCACUCCCCCUUCGGAAGCCGUCAAUGGUAAGUCUACCAGGAGAGGGACGCAUGCGCGACCCUCCGUCCGUGAGACAUUCUUGGAUGACUUUAACCCAGCGGAUAACGCAAACGAAAGCAACGAGUCCUGUGACGAGCGAGACCCUCACGACCUGUCCCUGUCUCCGCAGCAUGCAGCCCGCACAUCGAUCGUUGAUAAUAUGCUCCUCUCCCUAGAUCAGUUUGCAUCGGGCUCAGUGCUGGAUGACUACCGGCUAUUCAAUUCGGUCUUCGAGACGGAUUUGUACGGCCACGGUUCGCCCGACUCGAUGGUCCAACGACGCUAUCGCGGGCAUACCUUUUCGUCAUCCUUGUCGUCGGAAGUGGACGGCACGUUCGAGGAGGGUGCGGCGCGGCAGGCGACCCAACCCCCGAGAGGUCGCCGGAGCAACAGCAGCUCGAACUACCAUUCCAGUCUAAGAAGAUUUGGGAGCACGCGCAGUCGCGAAGGGACCGGCUCGCGCGGCCAGCUGUAUGACUUUCGACCGGGCUCGACUACGGCAGCAGGGGCUCGCAAUACCCGAAAUGGGAGUAAAGGAAGCGUCUCCUCUCACCUGGACUUUGGCCCCCCUCUGCUACAUCGUCGAGCGGAUUCGACCGGCGAGAGGCGCUCGGCAAGUUUUGACUUCGGGACUCGGCAGCCAUUCAUUCCCUUUCCCGAACCGAUUGUCGACUACGAUUCUUGGUCGUUCAGUGAAUUCGAUGCGGCUCCUACACCAAGUAUUCCCGGGGGUCCAAGCAAAUACCAUGCGUCAUCACAAGCGGAUUAUGCCGGUUCUCUGAACCCGCAGCAGUCCCGAACGCCCGUUGCAUCGCGACGAAACAGUAUCAAGUCCCCACGGGCGAAUCCUAACCGGAAGUCUCGCCCGGACAACAUCGGUACUGGCAUCAUCAGGAACCGGGACCUCGAUCUAGCAAAUCUUGCGGACUCGGGCCUAGAGCUUCCGCCAGCAAUACCGGCCUCGCUCGACCCGCCUGCGCCCAGUCCAACCAUAUCAUUCAACAAACCGAUAUUUCCUCCGCCGCCCGAGCCGAUGCCGGCCAAGGAACGACCGGGCUUCUUCCGGCGCGUGUUUGGCUCCAAAGCUCCCACGUUCGGCCCGUCGGAUUACCAUCAAUCCGACCACCCGUUCGCUCAGGAGAAUGACCUCAAGGAUUUUAAUGGGCUGGCCACCAAUGCUAAGAGCUGGAGACAACCGCUGAAGCAUAGUGUGGUGGGUGGCAAUACGGCUCGGGAUGGCAGUCAUCAGGUGGUGACGAAGAAGUCGUCCUUCUUCCGCCGGCGGAAGAAGUCCGUUGCUGAAAGUGCCCCGCCUCCGAUCGUGCUUCCUCAAGAGCUUGCCGGCCAGCGGGCGACGGAGUUAAUGAAGCCCGAACCUAGCCCAGCCAGUAGUUUGAAGAAAGUAAUGAACCCUUAUCUCGUCGAUUCCGGGGUACCGAUGUCCACCCAGGCCAACAAGGUCUCGCAGUUGCGGGCGGCGCCCGACGAUGCGGAGCCCAAGAAUCCCGGAGCGCCGUCGACACAGAACCACCAGCGAGGAAGCCUGCUGACUACCCCCGGACCCUCCAAGGCCAAAUACAGUCUCUAUCCGCCAGUGUCGUCCGGCAAUCCCCCCGAUGCUCCCGGCCUGGGGAACAGCAACAGCAACAGCAACAGCAACGGCGAGGAAGAGCCCGUCCCCCAGUCCGGAGGCCAGGAGUCAGGCCCGAGGGCAUCUAGAGAUGGGGUCCACUCGCGCAGCAGUGACCGGGACUCGGUGGACAAUGACCACGCCUCUGGCUCACAAGGCGGUCUGAAACCCCAGGAGACCGCGGUGACCUCGCUGUCGCCCGUAAUGGAGAGUUUCUCUCAGAUCAGUGUGACGCCCACCCACAGUUCCGAAGAUGUUCUUUCCAGCUUGAAGGAGCCCGAAGAACCCAGGGACUUGCAUGCCUCCGACUUGUACCGAGAGGGUCUCGAUAGUGUCAGCCGGUUCUCUGCUCCUGCAACGGGAUUGAGUGGUUCCCCACGGGCAUCCAUCUCGGAGAUGUCGAACUACUAUACGGCCUCGGAGAGUGCAGCAAUGACCUCGACCGAGCCCAAGCCCGCCGAUCCGCCGGAGACUAAGCCCGAUGAGGUCCCGCCUGGUGAACCGACCCCUACGGACAAAGAACAGGCGCAGAUGCUCUUUGACAGCCAGGAUCAAGUCGUCGGGAGCGAGCCUGCCGCGGCUUGGCUCGGCGAUCCCGACCGGGCCCUGGUUCGUAAGGCUUACAUGGAGCUCUUCGACUGGUCCAAUUUACACAUACUGGCGGCACUUCGAAGGCUUUGCAACCGAUUGGUGUUGAAGGGCGAGACCCAACAAGUGGACCGAGUCCUAGAUGCCUUUUCCACCCGGUGGUGCGAGUGCAACCCGCGCCAUAGCUUCAAAGCUUCUGAUGUUGUGCACACCAUCUGUUACUCGCUCCUUCUACUGAACACCGACCUGCACCUGGCGGAUAUUGAGCAGAAGAUGACCAAGACCCAAUUUGUCCGAAACACCAUGCCCACCAUCCAUCGCGUGGCGGCGGAUGCCGCUCCAGACGGAUGGGAGGCCCGAGGGACGGGCAAGUCGAAAGCUUCAGACCCGCCUGCUGGCUCCCAUCCUCAAUCGGCGCCCGCCGAGGACCCGUCAAGCGCAGACAAGCCGAGCAAUGUCCCUGCGAAGUUGGUCAACCGACUCUCCCGGACGGAUCUCUCGGCCAAGAUGGUGAGCGACCCGGACAGCGACACUGGUCCCCUCGUCAACACCCCGUUCACGGGCACCAUGAGGGCUUGGGAGCAGCAAGUCGAGAUGGUCCUCCGAGAUUUCUACACGUCGAUUCAGAAGCAGAAGCUCCCGCUACAUGGGGCCCAAGUGGAGAAAGACGGGACGCGCUCCUCCUCGAACAAUCUCCUUGGUCCUCACCCGGGUGGGCUCCGCCGAAGCCCCAGUACGGUGAGCAAGAGUGGCUCCGACAUCUAUCCACGCGGCCGCUCCGCAGAUUCCCGCUACGGCACGGCACGGUGGUCUUCCAAGCCUCGUUCGCGAGCGCGACUGUAUCCUCCUUCGACCAUGGGCUCCAGCCGAACGAGCUUGGAUGACCAGUCAUCUCUCUGGAGCCCAUCCGCAUCCAGUACGUGGAGCAAAUACUCUUCGGGGAAGCUGACCUCAGCGUCGGUAGAUUCUUUCGGCUCGGAUUACCCACGCGGGGACUACCAGCAGUCGAUCGGAUUCGCCAACGCCUUGAGCCAGGCCAUCAUUCGCGAGGACUCGGCCCACUCCAUUGCCAGCUUUGAAGACGCAGAGCGGACGACCCCCUUGCUGGAGGAUGAGACGCUCCAACUGGCGGGCGCUCCCUGGGCCAAGGAGGGCAGUCUCAAGCACAAACAUCACUUGGACUCGGUCGACAAGAGGGCCAAGGACCGCAAUUGGAACGAGUGCUUUGCCGUCAUCCAACAGGGCUGGAUGCGCCUCUUCUCCUUCAACGCCUCCAUGAAGUCGGCCCGACAGAAGGCCAAGCAACGACAUCCCGGCGGGGUCGUGGUGGGAGGAGGCAACUGGACCGAGAAUGCCGAAGAGAUCUGGAAAUUCCUUCUGCGGCAAACCAUCGCCAGCGCCCUUCCACCCCCGGGCUAUUCCAAAUCCCGGCCCCAUGUCUGGGCCCUGAGCCUGCCCACCGGGGCGGUGCAUCUCUUCCAAGCGGGCACGCCGGAGAUUGUCCGCGAGUUCGUCUCCAGUGCCAACUACUGGAGCGCGAGACUGUCCAAGGAGCCAUUGAUCGGGGGCAUCAGUAACAUGGAGUAUGGAUGGAGCGACGCCGUCAUCAACAGCGCCCUGAUCCACGCCGAGAGCACCCGGACUCCGCCGUCCUCGUCGGGAGCGCGCCCGAGCAUCCAGAGCUCGAUCCGCAGUUCCAUUGAUCAGCAGGGGGUCCGGCCCCGACUGCCGGCGGAUCGCGUGCACAUCAGCGACUGGGCCCCUCCCCAGCAGAGCAUGAUGGCCUCGGCCUUUGCGGAAGCCGAUCAGCUGAAGGCGUUGCAGACCUAUGUCAAGAACGUCGAGGAGGAGCUGCAGCGCCAUAACGAGCUCCGACCUGCCAUGAUUCUCGCCUUCUCGCCCCGGCACCCCAAUGCGGCCAAGGCGCUGGCGAACUGGGAGCGCAAGUCGUCGUAUCUGUUACGGGAGAUUGUGAAGUUCCGGACCUAUAUUGACUCGCUCUCCGCGGCCUUGGACCAGAAGAACCGGAUCUAUGCCACGCGGGAAGAAAGCACCCCAGCUGCAUAA